CUCUCUCUCUCUCGCUAGGAUUUUUAUUCUAUCUUCAUCUUAUUUGACUUAGUCGCUUUCUUGUGAUUUGGUUUUGAAUCUUGUUGGUUCUUUUCUUGGAAAAUAAAACUUCAUAACUCGCCUUAAGUUUGGCUUCUAUCUCUGCAACUGCAACAACUAUACUCCACCAUGAUGUUUUUCUUUGGUGGUUUCAUGACAGUUUGAUUAGUUUUGUUGCUUUUUUUUUUUUUAACUUUAUCACCUACUUCAAUGGCACCAAGCAGCGGAAGGGGCAAAACAACAAGAAAAACAAGCAAGUCCGGAAGAAGCAGUUACACGAAGAAGCUUGUGAAGUCCAACAACUUCAAUACUCAAACGACAUCACCAGUGUCGGAGGAUUUGCGUUCCCAGAUGGAUGGGUUCGAUCAUAGUGAAGGAGUUGAUGAUAUGGCUACUGCAAGGCCAUGCUCCACACCAAAAGCUAAAAGGUUUCGGAUACCAGAGAUCGACACAUGCCCUCCGGCACCGAAGAAGCGAAGAUCACUUCCCUCAAAUUGCCCAUUGCGAAGAACUCCUAUUGCUUUCUUCGCUCCUCCAGAUAUAGAGCUUCUUCGUCUGUGCAUUUAGAGACAUCUCGGUUUGAUGAUAUGUUCUAGCUUUUGCAUAAAAUUUGAAUAUCAUUCUUCAGUUCGAGUUUCUUGUAGUUUUAGGGUUGUAGUUUGUAUCUUUGGAACUUAUAGUGCGACAUAUGAAGAGUACAGCUUUGAAGAAGAAGAAGAAGCCCGGUAGCAUUGGCUACUUUUUUAUUGGGGGUGCUGCUAAUUAAUUUUAAUAAGUCGAGUUUCAAAUUUGUAGGGCACAGCAAUCGCAAAUUUAGCUUUAAUUCCAACUUUUCUUUUUCAAAAGCAAUG